CCAAGCUGAAAGGAGCGGAGACUAAUCGGUUAUACAAAAUAUAUUCAGAUCUGCUUAGCUGAGCUAACCAAACGUUUAUGGAUGAACCGAAGUUGGAGAAGCCGCAGCCUCCACCGCGCAAUGAGCCGGAUCUCCAACCGGUGAAUGGGAUCGUCCAGCCGCCGGUCAUUCCGCCGCCAAAUCGUCCAGGCCGCAGGACCAAUGUGCUGGAGGACCUCAAGUCCGUGCUGAACUGCAUCUGGCGGAGUCGCUGCUCGUAUCACUUCCGCAACCCAGUGGAUUCGGUGACCUUGGGUGUGCCCGAUUAUCACACGUUGAUCAAGCACCCGAUGGACCUGAGUACGAUCAAGAAGCGAUUGCACAACAACUACUACUGGCAGGCGGACGAGGCCCUGGAUGACUUCGAGCUGAUCUUCGAGAACUGCAUGCUGUAUAAUCUGGAGGGCACCCCGGUCCAUCAGGCGGGCAAGGAGCUGAGGAGCGCCUUCUACACGCGACUGGCCUCGAUAGACAUGAGCAAGGAGGAGGAACUGAAGCCCAAGCAGGACAAGCGCAAGCGAAAGGCUGCCGACACUCUGGACGCUGCUCCGGCUUCCACAGUGGCCCCAUCUCUGGCUCCAAGUCUUCAUCCUCCUGCGGACUGGCACCUAUGUCGACCUACCAGAAACUGCCCCACACCUAUUCCUGGUGUGACUCCGCUGCAAAUCCCCUUUCGCAAUAUGCUGCCGCCUUCACUGAUACCCAAUUUCAUGCCCAAUUCCUUGGUCAAUCCUUUAACUUCAAUGCUGUCCAUUCCUUCAAUGAUGAAUCCUUUGAGAAAUCCCUGGGAGUUGCCCCAAUUAAGAAGCGAUACUAUAGGGAAUACUUUAAAAUUGCAGUCGGGGAAGCAGGCUGCUCCACCAACUAUCUUCCCACCAAUUGUCCUGCCACCCCCUUUGACUUCUGCUCCCAUUGAACCCGUGCUCUUGCCACUGCCAAAAACGCCACCUCCUCCUCCUCCUCCUCCUCCGACACAACCUCCCCCAAAGCCCAAGCCACCAGUCAUCUGCUAUAAAUCUCUGGACCGAUUGAUCGAGAAGAGCCACUGCGAUCAUCUAUUGAAGUCCAUGGUGAAGCGAAAGCGUCGCCAGUUCACUUGGGCCUUCAAUCGUGCGGAUCACUGGCGCAGAUACUCACAGAAUCCAGAGUACGACCACGAUCGGGAGGAGAAACUGGAUUGGAAGGUGCUGCAGGAGCGCUUGGAUUCGGACAUCUUUGUGAACUUGGAUGGCUUUGUGGCCUCCGUGCGAAAGAUGUUCCAGAAUGCAUUACGCUGCUUUCCUGACGACGGAUUGGUCAAGACCUCCGUGAAGAAGUCGAAUGAGAUCUUUGAGAAGAGGCUGCCCAAGUACAAGGAACUGAUAACCAAGGCCAAAGAAAGAGCACGGGAAAUGGUGGCCACCAAGGAAAAGGACAUGGAAGGACUAGAAAAGCCCCGUGAUCAGGAGGCAAGUGAUGACCAGAGCACUGAAAAGAGUUCGGAGCCCAGUUCGAGAGAUCUUAUCAAAUCGGAGCCCAGUUCAGGAGAUCCCAUUAAAUCGGAGCCUGUGGUUGAGAAAAUCGAUAAGAGUGAUACAAUUGUAAAGGAAGAAAUCAACAGCGAUAUUAAGGCAGUUUAAAACCCUG